AAGCCCCUCAACGCCCCUCGGAGCUCUUCCAAUGUGAGCUGCCCACGCUGUGCUCGAGGGUUGGCCGUUUUCUAGUGUUUUGGAAUUAGUCCACGAUCACAAGGAGAAUUCGGAUGAGGUGUCCCUCGACAAACGGUGCAGGAUAGCGGUGAUGGGAAAGAUGGUAGGCUCCGCGACCAACCCACGAGCGCUUAGGCCGGUGGUGUUCCCCGUCAAUGCCGACUCCAACUCUGGUGUCUCUAGCGACCAGACGACUGUCUUUGCAGCCGUCAGCUCGGAUGGCGGGAGCAUGGCAGGGACCGAGUUCGGGUGCCGGGAGGACGUGGAGAGACUUUUGGCCGAGAAGAUGAAGGGAAAGAGGACAGACUAUAAGGGGAAGAGUGAGCUGAUGAUAGAAUACAUUAAAAGACUUCGAAUUUGUAUCAGAUGGUACAUGGAGCUGGAAGAUGGCUACAUGGAGGAGCAAGCGAAGCUUCGAAAUAUGUUGGGCUCUGAAGAGAAAAGGCACGGAGAGAUUGAGUUCCAACUGAGGGCAAAGAUGGAUGAACUGGAUGCGACAUCGAGGGAGCUUCGAGAACAGAAUUCUUCCUUGCAACACAAGUUCACAAACGAAGAAUUAGAGAAAUUGGCUGCUGUUAAAUCUUAUGAGAAUGAAAGAGAAGCGAGGGUUGCAGCUGAGAAUUCUCGAGAUGCUCUGUCCACAGACCUUGAAAGAGUCACCCAAGAGAAAAAACGUUUGAGUGACCAGUUAAAAAUGCUGCAAGAAACAAAUAGGAGAUUACAAGAGUACAAUACCAGUUUGCAGCAAUACAACAGUAAUCUUCAAAAUGAGGCUAACAAAAAUGGUGAAACAAUCUCGAGGUUCCAGAAGGAGAAAAGUGUUAUAAUGGAAAGUCUGACUACUGCAAGAGACCAUGCGAAUUCACUCAAGAGUCAAUUGGACGCAUCUAGGUCUUCUCAGCAAAAGGCCAUGAAACUGAAAGAAGAAUUAAGAAAGGAAGUUAGUUGCCUCAGAAUUGAACUCCAGCAAGUACGAGAUGACCGUGACCAUUUAUCAACACAAGCGCAAAGUUUGACCUUUGAAGUUGAAAAUUACAGAGAACUUACUAAAAAAUCAACAAAAGAUUUGGAUUAUAUAACUCUAAAGAUUAUUGCUCUUGAGAAGACAUGCUCAUCCCAAAGAGGAAAAAUACAACUCUUAGAGGAUCAGCUUGCUGCUUCCAGUGAGAAGCUGAAGAGAGCUGACUUGACAACCAUCGAGACAAUGACAGAGUAUGAAGAGCUGAAAAGAACUGUCGAUGAUUUGCAAGAUCGUCUCACAGAGGCAGAGUUUCAAAUAGUUGAAGCUGAGAAACUCCGUAAAAAACUGCAUAACACCAUAUUGGAACUUAAAGGGAAUAUUCGAGUAUUCUGCAGAGUUCGACCUCUUUUACCUGAUUCUGAUUUAAAUGACACAGAUAGAGAAGUUGUUUCUUAUCCGACAUCCAUCGAAUAUCUUGGGCGUGGCAUUGACUUGACACAUAAUGCUCAGAUGUAUACUUUCACUUUUGACAAAGUAUUCAAUCAUGAAGCUUCACAAGAAGAUGUAUUUGUAGAAAUCUCACAGCUAGUUCAGAGUGCACUUGAUGGCUAUAAGGUUUGUAUAUUUGCAUAUGGGCAAACUGGUUCUGGUAAAACUUACACUAUGAUGGGCAAUACUGGAUGUGCUGAACAAAAAGGUCUUAUACCGCGGUCGUUAGAGCAAAUAUUCCAAACUAGUCAAUCUCUGCAAUGCCAAGGUUGGAAAUACAAGAUGCAGGCAUCCAUGCUGGAAAUAUAUAAUGAAACAAUUCGUGAUUUGUUGUCACCUAGUCGCCCUAGUGAUGGUCUUUGUAAACAAUACACGAUCAAACACGAUUCUAAUGGUAAUACGAUCAUAUCUGAUCUUACUAUUGUAGAUGUUUGUAGCAUCAAAGAAGUUUCAUUCCUCCUACAACAAGCUGCACAGAGCAGGUCUGUGGGUAGGACACAAAUGAAUGAACAAUCUUCAAGAAGUCAUUGUGUCUUCACUUUAAGGAUUUUUGGGGUUAAUGAGGGCACAGAACAACAGGUUCAAGGGGUACUCAACUUGAUUGAUCUUGCUGGAAGUGAGCGUCUUGCUAAAAGUGGCUCUACCGGGGAUCGCCUAAAGGAAACCCAGGCAAUCAACAAAAGCUUGUCGGCCCUAAGCGAUGUAAUAUUUGCAAUAGGGAAGAAAGAUGAUCAUGUUCCUUUUAGGAAUUCCAAGCUAACAUACCUUUUGCAGCCUUGUCUUGGUGGCGACUCCAAGACAUUAAUGUUCGUCAAUAUCUCGCCAGGAGCAUCUUCGGUUGGUGAGUCUCUUUGUUCGCUUCGCUUUGCUGCUCGGGUCAACUCAUGUGAGAUUGGAAUUCCUCGACGCCAAAUUCAGAUACGAUGUUCGGACUCACGAUUGAGCUAUGGAUAAGGAGGAUUUGUUGGUGAUGUUUAUAAUUCCUCUAUGCACUAAUUUGUUGUUGCUGCUGCCAUUGUAGCAUAUUUAAUGGCCAGUGGACUCUUUAACAUCGACUUCCUGCGUGAUUUGUAUACCAAGGAACAACAUCUAUAUUGCCCGAGUUGAGUCUGUUAACUGGGAUUACUGAGUGGUGUUAUCUGUAAAAAUAGCUACACAAUUAUAUGGUCUCUUAUCUUGGAUGACUGAUUUGGUUUGAGCCUACUA